AUGGAAGCGAUUAUUGAGAAGAAUGUGGGAAGUUGGGGAGAUAAGACGAGGAAUAAGGAGGAUAAGUUGAAAGAGUAUCUUAGUGAUGAGUUUUUGUCAGCAGAUUCUACUUUCUUGCAGGGACGCUUUAGUUUUAGUAUCAGAGGGUUUAAAGAAGGCACAAAGAUGUCAGUGAAAAAGAAAAAGACGAAGAUGGCAAUGACCAUAGCGAUGAAGAAAAAGAAAAACUUCUUGAAGCUGGACGAAGCUACUCAUAAAUCUCCAAUUUUCCGGAUACAAUCACACGAAGGCUCUCUGAAUUCUUCCAAAUUUCCCAGCAAACAAAACUUGUUGAACAAGAAACUGUUCUCAGAGCAAAGGUUAGGCUACAAGAAGGAUUGCUGAAUAGAAAGACAAUCUACCUACCUCAGUACAAGAGAGGACACUGAGACUAAGGAGAGCUGUAGAGAGGAAUAUUUGGUGAAUUCUGGGAGAGCUACUAAUAAUUCUCUCAGAAAAAGUAGAAAGUUCACCAAAUCGACCAAAAAGAAUAAGAAAGUCAGUCAUGAAUACUCAGCAAAAGGGUCUAAAAGACUUAUAUUAACGAUGAAGCAGAAAAAGCCUAGUAAUAAGAAUUUUUUUGCAAGAAAACUGAGUGUUGAAGCCAAUCCAAAGAUUUUAAACUUUUCAAAAAUUAGACAAGAUACCUUGGACCCAGAUCCUUCUCCUAUAGAUUAUUGUGCCAAUAUCGAAGAGGCAGUCUCAAACGGUAGCAUUGACUUCGAUACAGUGUCUCAUCAUCCCAGAGGAAGCAUUCAGGAAAAGGCAUCUCAUAGUAAAUUUUCUGAUACUUUGGAAGUUGCUGUACCUCUAAAAUUCAAAUCAGACAGCUUCAAAAUUGAGCCAAAAGAUACAGAUCAAGAGAGCGGGCAGAUUGCUAAAGAAAAAUCUCUCUCUAAGACAGAAUUUACAAAGAAUUCAAGCAAUACAGCUGAUGAUGAAUAUAGCUUAUUUGACUGGUGACCAGAGUUUGACGAAGUCAUUGAAAAUACCUCUACGAGACAGCAACACGAAACUGUUGAUGAACUCAUUGAUAUUUCCUGCUGUAAAGAUCCUAAUGACAAUAUAUUAAAGAGAAGGCACCAAAAUGCCUCUAAAUUCGAGCUUAAAUAUUACAUACUUAAAGAAUUUAUGGACCUUAAAGCAGAGAAAAUUCGAAAAUACUAUACAUUAAAUGAUGCUCAUAAAGAUCUUGACUCUAAAAAGACCACAAAAAGAAGGAAGAGUUCAAAGAAGUUAAACUUGAACUAUAAAUUUCUUGAAGGAGUUGACGAGAACGAUGCUCCUCCAAGAAAUUUAAAAUGUACCAUCAGCAAGCCUAGAGCAUCUUUCAGGAUAAAGAAUUUACCCCAUGAUCCACUUGAUGAUGGACUAAAAAGUACUCUUGAAAUUAGCAAGAUAAAAUACAGAGAACUUGUGGGCUUCAUUGAUGUUAUGGGAAUGUUCUGUAUCAAUCAUUCUCCUUCGUACCUAUAUUCUGACGAGAGACCAUCAAUAGAUUUUCCUGGGGAUAUAAAUGUAUACAAAAUUGAGAAGCUAGAACAGAUCAAGGCAGAAAUGAAGUUUGCUUAUGACACCAUUACAGAUAUCCUUCUGGCAGAGAUUAAUAAAGAAAAGUAUAGAUAUAGACACCAGCAAAAUAUGGUGAUAAAAUUAUUACAUUGGAACAAGAACUUCCAGGAAGAUUUUGAACUUUACUUUAGAGAGUACUACCAGAAUUGCUUUGACCUUGAUAUUGGACCAAAGAAUCUGACUUUGAAAGAGCUUUUAAAGUCAAUUUUGCAUAAUUAGUUAAUCUAAAUUCAAUCUUCA